GGAAUGCCGAGCACCAAGUAGUCCCGAACUAUGGCUUGUGAAGUAAGUGCAUUACGCCUUUACUAUGUUUACUUAAAACGUGAUCGAGCCACUCGUCAUGGACACUCAAUUUCUCAACCUCGCCUAAAAAUACCCUCUUAUAUUAAUACGCAAUGUCGAUGAGCGUGCAGCAUCCCUCCGUCCAAGGGUGUCUGGUCUCGUUCCCGACCCCUCACAUACUCCUUCUCACGCUCAACCGACCUAAGCAGCGCAAUAGCAUACCGCUCGCUACGAGCGCUGAGAUACAACGACUAUGGGAAUGGUUCGAUAAGGAGCCUACUCUACGGGUGGCAAUCAUAACUGGCACAGGAGAGUCCUUUUGCGCCGGGGCGGACCUCAAAGAAUGGAAUGAACUUAACGCGCGCGGCGAAACAAAUGAAAUGACGGCACCCGGGCUGGCCGGACUCCCCCGCCGAAGAGGAGUGAAACCCAUUAUUGCCGCCGUGAACGGAUACUGUCUCGGCGGCGGAUUCGAGAUGGUGGUCAAUUGCGAUCUGGUUGUCGCCAGUGAGCAGGCAACCUUCGGGCUACCCGAAGUACAACGAGGAAUUGCCGCCGUUGCAGGCUCUCUACCUCGGCUGAUUCGGAUCCUGGGCAAGCAGCGAGCCGCGGAAAUUGCGCUGAGUGGACUAAGUUUUCCUGCAGCGCAACUGGAGCGUUGGGGGCUGGUGAAUCGCGUGGUGGAGCACAGUCAGUUACUGGCCACAGUGGUGGAGAUGGCAACCGCCAUCGCGAGGAAUAGCCCGGACAGCAUCCGCGUAACCAUGGAGGGCCUGCACAAUGGGUGGGAGAUUGCCAGUGUUGAAGAAGGCAGUACGGCCUUGGUCGACCACUGGUACCCUAAACUCAUGGCUGGGGAAAAUUUUCACGAGGGUGUGCGAGCAUUUGUGGAGAAACGGAAACCACAGUGGAGGGCUUCCAACUUGUAAUCUGGUCGAGGGAUUUCUGGUGACAGAUAUUAUUAUCUGAUUCUAAACAAAUUACAGCUAAAAACGCCACCAAAUAGUUAAUUAAUAGAUUACUUACACGGAAUACAUGGUGGUGGACUGGUUUGUUUUCCUUUUCCGGGAACAGCUUGUCGUGUACGGAGAACACACUUGAUCUUUUGUUUACACAGAGUGAUGCGGACGACCCAGGGACCUCCGCUAUAUUUAACACAAGAGCUUCCAUGUUGAUCCUACUGCUGAUCAGUUCUACAGCCUUAUUUUGACAU